UCUCACCCGCAUCUCCGCCAUGCACCCCAGACCCACACGCACCCAUGCUAACGCGCCCCAGCCUUCCCACCCCUCCUCGCGGACGUCAUCGCCGGCGAUCUCCACAUGAAACCCUACCAAGUCGCAAACUCCAACAUCAUCGCCCUCACAGCCACAUUAAUAGUGCGCCUCAUCGCAGGCCCAGCAUGCGACCACUUCGGCCCACGCCUGACAUUCGCGGGCUGCCUCUUGGCCGGCGCGGUACCUACGUUCCUGGCCGGCGCGGUGUAUAACGCCUCCGGUCUGUACGCGCUUAGGUUCUUCAUUGGUAUCCUCGGAGGCAGUUUCGUGCCAUGCCAGGUCUGGACCACUGGGUUCUUUGAUAAGAAUGUCGUCGGUACCGCGAAUGCGCUUGCAGGUGGACUCGGAAACCUCGGUGGAGGAGUUACUUACUUUGUCAUGCCUGCUGUGUACAAAGCUUUGGUUAGUGAUGGUCUGCCUUCGCACAAGGCGUGGAGGGUGUCGUUUGUGGUCCCGGGUAUCUUGAUCGUUUUCGUGGCCAUCUGCCUCGUUGUGCUCUGCGAAGACACGCCCACCGGCAAAUGGAACGAGCGCCACGCUGCAGUCGAAGAGAGCUUGAGGCGUCACGAUGUCAAAGUCGGAGCCACAGAGGGAGACGUGGUCAACAUCAGGGGCGACCUGCAAGACAUCCCCAAGCCGUCACCAAUGUCCUCGAGACUCGGCAGCACGGCGGAUUUCAACGCUGCCGAGAUUGAGAAGAGGAUCAAUCCUGCUUCGCCCGCCAGCGAGGAUGAGAAGAAGCAUGGUUGGAGAGACAACGAGGCGCAGCAGACAGACACACAGAUGUUCAACACGGCAUCCACCGAGAUCAUCCAAAAGCCCUCUGUCAAAAGUAUCGCGCUGACCAUGUUCUCCCUGCAAACCCUCGUCCCUGCAGCAUGCUACUUCUGCACCUUCGGCGCCGAACUAAGCAUCAACUCCAUUCUCGGCAACUACUAUAUGCACAACUUCCCGCACAUGACGCUGCAAACCUCCGGGAACUGGGCUGCCAUGUUUGGCCUAAUGAACGGCGUCGCACGACCCCUGGGCGGCUACCUCUCCGACCUGGCCUACCGCAAAACUAGCUCUAACGUCUGGGCGAAGAAGGUCGUGCUGCACACCUACGGCAUCCUGACAGGCGUGUUCCUGAUUGUCAUCGGCGUGCUCAACCCGCGCGACGUGAGCACCAUGAUGGGCCUUGUAGGCGCGCUGGCGGUGUUCCUCGAGGGCGGCAACGGCGCUGACUUUGGGCUGGUGCCGCACGUGCAUCCCCAUGCGAACGGUGUUGUAUCGGGCUUCACGGGCGCGAUGGGGAAUCUGGGCGGGAUCGUGUUUGCGAUCAUCUUCCGCUACAAUGGAAAGGACUACGGCCGCGUGUUCUACAUCAUUGGCGCUAUUGUCAUUGGCAUCAAUGUGGCGGUUAGCUGGAUCCGGCCGAUUGCGAAGAAGCCGGUUGGUACACGUUAAGCGUGGAGCAUUGUUUGUAUGUUUAGCGAUUUUGGCGUGGCGUUCUGGGUGGGUUUGCUUUUCUUCGAGAUAUCCUAGAUCUGAUUUGUAGCACGAAGCGACGAGUUAAAGAAUUGUCAUAUGACACGUUGUCUGGAUGAGCAC